AUGGAUCCGUCCGCGCAAUCGCCUCCCGCUCAAGAUCCAGCCGGACCACAGGCUCCCGACUGGAUGUCCAACUCCGCACAGGAUGCUAAUGACCAAGCCCAGGCUUCCGGCUCGGCUCCUGGCCUCGCACAGCGGCUCACUGAUUCGACUUACGCCCUUAUCCAAUCCGACAUUGACCAAUUCUUUUCUGACCUUGACCAACCCGCCCUUGACCAACUUUCCCCUGACGACAACCCCAUUGUCCAAUCGCUCAUUGACAAAAUCCUCGCUAAACAAGCCGCGAAUCAACCAGCCCCGAACCAACUGGCCUUCAACCAGCCAGCCUUCAACCAGCCAGCCUUCAACCAGCCGGUCGCGUUUCAACCCUAUGUCCUCACCUGGGCAGACUACGACCCUAGCCCCCCAUUCAACCACGAGGGCGGCGAAGAUGUCGGCGGCCCAUUCCCCCGCGUUGUGGUCAUGCACAGCAUACCGAGGGAGGACUACGCCAAGGUACUCAUGGGGGUGGGCGGAACACACCCGCAGGGUGCCGCGCAGCUGGCAGUGGAAAGGGCGUUUAUCGAGGCGAUGAAGUUCAAGGGCAGACGAUAUCGCCCGCCGGAGGGGCUCGAGUGGUUGGCGGGGAAGAGGAAGAUGGUGGAAUGGAAUGACGUCAAAACCGCGACGGAAGGGAGUUAUAUUUGGGAGUAUCCCGAGUUUGUCGACGCUGCUGCUGAGACACGGAAGCUAAAAGACGGGAAAGCUGCUCGGGUGGUCUUUUGUCGAGUAGGGCUCUGGUUGCAGGGAGAAAGGAUUGUGUUGUUUUUGCGCACGCCUGCGCCGGGCAGGGAUGGAAUGGGAAGGAAACUGGUAUGGGAGGUGCGGAAUGGGCCGAUGAACCUGGAGGAUGUUUUGCUCGCUGCGCUCAAAACCGGCUGGUCAGCUCUGGACGCCCGCAGCCGGGUGUCCGGAAUCGUGGCCGAAGCGGUGCACCACCGGUGGCUGGAGAUGUUCGAUUUUUUGGACCCGUGGGUUUUACCGAAGAGCUUGAGCGAGCAAAUGGCGACUUGCUACUCGCAGAUGAUGCGGUCGCUGGAAGCCAACUCGGAGGUGGACGAUGACAUACCAUGGCGAGAUCUUCUCGAGCGGGUUCAACGCCGUGUCGCCUUGCUCCACACGCGCCAAGCUGCGCCAGUUCAUCCUGAGCUCUUCAUGGGGCUUCAUUCCUCGCCGCUAUAA